AUUGUACCUUUGUGCUAUUCACAUAUUUUUCAUUCAGUUUUAAAUAAGAUUUAUUAAAAAAACCGGCUGUAAAUUCUAGUUUAAAAUAAAAUCACUUAAUAUUUUUCCAAAAAAAUAAUUAAAGGUGCUUACAAAAUAAAUUGAAAGUAGUGCGCGCAAAGUUAAAAAAAAAACAUUUUAUUUGUUUACCAGAACAACAAAUCUUUGGAAAUGAUGAAUAAUGAGGAGAAUAAAAAUUUGGCUCACAGGCAGCACGUUAAAUAUUUUAUGAGGUUUUUGAAUGUGCUACCAUCAUCUCUAUCAUCUCACGAUACAACCAGGGUGACCAUAGCAUAUUUCUCUGUAUCAGGAUUAGAUGUACUUGGAUCAAUAUCAUCUGUGUCAAUAGAGCAGCAGUCUAGGAUAAUUGAAUGGCUGUAUAGACUGCAGGUUCAUCCUAAUAAACAGAAUGGUGACAUGUCGGCAUGUGGUUUCCAAGGCUCGUCAACGGUGAACAUAGAGUUUGACUCGGAACAGAACCACUACCGCUGCGGGCACUUGGCUAUGACGUACACUGGACUGUGCAUACUGUUGGCAUUGGGCGAUGACCUCUCCAGACUUAAUAGGCAAGCUUUAAUAGAAGGUGUAAAAGCGCUACAAACAGAAGAAGGAAACUUCUCAGCAACGCUGUCCGGCUGCGAAUCUGACAUGCGCUUCGUAUACUGUGCCGCUUGCAUUAGCUACAUACUUAACGAUUGGUCGGGGUUCAACAUUAAACGGGCAACGGAAUAUAUAAUUAAAUCUAUAAGUUACGACUAUGGAAUCGCGCAGUGCCCAGAACUAGAAUCACACGGUGGUACCACAUACUGUGCGCUGGCAACACUUAGUCUAACAAACCAGCUGGACAAACUAACUCUGGACCAGAUAGAAGGCCUAAAACGCUGGCUUUUAUACAGACAGAUAGACGGUUUCCAAGGCAGGCCCAACAAACCAGUGGACACUUGUUACAGUUUUUGGGUUGGGGCUUCAUUGAAAAUUUUGGACUCCUUACACCUAACGAACUAUGCCAAUAAUAGGAGUUAUGUAUACGAAACUCAGGAUUGUGUUGUCGGUGGUUUUUCAAAAUGGCCGGACACUUGUACGGAUCCGAUGCACACUUAUCUGGGAUUGGCUGGACUAAGUUUGAUAGGUGAGAACGGUUUACUGGAAAUCGUGCCGACUUUGAAUAUAACCAAACGGGCGCACGACCAUUUGAAAACGUUGCACGAGAAGUGGGCUUGUGAGUCAUAGCUUUAUAUCAAUUACUAGUCUGGUAAAGUUAAUUCUACUACGGGAUUCUGUUUGACUUUGUGAUAUGUGUUAUGAAUGACAGACCAAUAGUAUUGCCUAUACCUAUUUUACUAAUUUACCAGAAAUCGAAACAUUACCCAAAUUGGGGAAACAAAGUAUCCCAAUUCCCCACUUUUGCUUGUGUCUUCCCACUAUAUUUCAAAGUCAAACGGACGUUUAAAAUUAGACAAACACGUUGUUGCCAUUUUGAAAAAUUUUAGUUAAGUUGUUUGGCCUUGAACAGUUGUGUUAUUAGAGCUUGUGAAGACAGACAGAAUUUGUGUCAUAUUUGCAACUUUAAAGAGACAAACUGUAAUUAUUUCUGUGUGCGCGGGCCCUUAAAGUUCGUCAAUUUUUUUAUAUAAUGCAACACACAGCAUGAAGUCGCUAUGUAUCUAUGUAAAUAAUGAAAGGUUUCUUAUUUCCGCCAGAUAAUUUGUACAACAGGUAUUCUAUGGAAAAUCCUACUUUCUAUUGUAUAAUUAUUUGUUAAUAACUUGCCCAGCGAAAGUCUAAAUGUUUUGUUUAAACCACAACUACUACAGUCCUAUAUAGCAAAUGCCAAUUAAAAACAUUCGAAGUCUGAAACACCUAGUCCAAUAAUCUGUGCUUUAUUGGCAUAUGCUUUUGGCAGUACCCGAGUACCACGGUAAUACCGUGGUGCUUCGGGUAAUGCUCAAAAGUUAACAAAAAGUUAACAGUUCGGGUAAUGCCAAACAGUUAUCAAAAGUUAACAGUUCGGGUAAUGCCAAACAGUUAACAAAAAGUUAACCGUUCGGAUGAUGCCAAACAGUUAUCAAAAAGUUAACAGUUCGGGUAAUGCCAAUCAGUUAACAAAAAGUUAACAGUUCGGGUAAUGCCAAACAAUUAACAAAAACCAACAAAGAUAAUGAUGCAAAAAAAAAACGAUGCUUAAACCAGAAAUAUAUAGAAGCGAUGAAGAAAGAAGAAUGUAGAAGCGAAACUAGAAAAAUAUGCAGUGCUUUUCCUCUUUAUAUUUCAACUUUUACUACUUUUCGCUCAAUUUCGAUUCUUCGCUUUUUUAAUGAGAUAGCUUUUUUCUUAUUAAAUAAAUAAGAAAUUGACGAACUUUACGUAUACGUAUUUAACUUUAUUUUCCAAAGUUUCAAAUCGCUGCCAAUAUUUAAAACAAAACCGUAAUCGUUUAUUUAAUUGUUAGUACUUAAAUCAAUUUUAUGAAUAACCGGUGCUAAGUAAGUUAAUGCUGUCUAUGAAAUCUAAUGUUUGAACAACGAUGUUAUAUCAGAAUUAGGAAAUAGUACAAUUUUAAAUCUCAUGUGGUGCCAUGUCGUUGUAUAUUGGCGUUUUACUUUUUUAAAAAGGGUUCGAACUUUUUUGUAUCGAAACUGGCAUAAUUGACCCGGCGCCAUUUUGAUUUGUAUUCAGUUAGAAAAUCAACAUGGCGGCGGCUUGAUUAUGCCAGAUGAAUUCAAUGUACAACCAAAAUUAAAAUCAAAAUUUAGGUAAUAAACUUUUCAAUUUUACGAUUUUUUUUGAUAAAUUAGUAAUCAGGGCUAAUUUUGAUAUCUAUAAAAUAUAAAGCAGAGUAGUUAGGCAUUUAUGAAAUUAUUGCACAAAUUUUAAUAUAGAGACAUAUUGUUAAGUAUCUAAUUAAUGACACGCAAAUAGGUUAUGUAAGGGACGCAAAACGAAUGAAAGUUGGUCUUUAUAGGCAUUUACCUAUUCACUAUACAAUGUCCUUAUUAAUUAAGAAAAUAAUGUCAUUCUUCAACAGUCACUUACUAAAAAAAAUGUUAUGUACAGUAAAAGUAGUCACCACAUAAGCGUCAAUUCGGCUGUUACGUAAAUUUCUGUUUUAAAAAAAAAAAUAAUGCUAUCCUUUACAUAUUGUUGCAGUAGAAAAGGAUAGCAUGUAUUUUUACUUGUGAUUUUAGUUAAAGAUGGCGGAUUUGUGUACUGUCCGUAGACAGAUAAGUGUAUAGACAAAUAUAAAGCAUCCACCGCAUUUCCUCAAACACAGAAAAAAUUAUGCGUGGACUCCAAAAAUACGACAAGGCGAUGCUAUAUUUAGAGUCAUGACGCAUGAUCUUAUCGAUGGUCCGAAUCAAAAUAGACAAUUGUGAACAAAAAAUAAUGUAUAAUUAUAAGUAACCAAAACAGUUUAAAACAAUGUUCCAAUAGCAGUUCAGUGUAGUGUUUUAAGAUGAUUAAAUCGUAUAUCUUUUCACUUAAAACGGUACGUCAAUCAAUUAUAUUGACUUCUCUGUCUACGGUACUGUCAAUGUAGAAGAAUCUUAUAAACGGAUGAUUGGAGUGCCGCUAGGGAGACAGACAGGAUAUAAAAAAAUCUAUCUUCAAUAGUGAAAUUAGUUUGCAUAGUAAAGUGCUGACUUAUUAAACUAUACCAUCAUAUUUAUCAAUUCUAAUCUUGUUUGUUAUUCACAAUGUCAUAACGUGUUCUUUUCUUUUGUGAAUACGAGAGAUGCUUUAUUAAUUCUGUCUAUUUACUACUCUUUCUACGUUUCUCUUCCAGUCAAAACAAAUAGCAGCAGUUGCUAGAAAUUGCUAGUGACAUCUAGUACGUUCUGUGGAAAUUGUUAUGUAGAUGGGUGCGACAGUUUUCCAUCUUGUGUAUAGAAAUUUAUAGAUAUCGGCUUAAGGAAUUAAGAUUAAGUUAUAGUUCAUCUAUUCUGGAUAUACCGUUUGGAUUUAGUGGUAAGGCGCAGUGGACUUACAAGACGGAGGUACUGGGUUCGAUCCCCGGCUGGACCGAUUGAGGUUUUCUUAAUUGAUCCAGGUCUGGCUGGGGGAAGGCUUUGGCCGUAGCUAGUUACUACCCUACCGACAAAGACGUACCGCCAAGCGAUUUAUCGUUCCGGUAUGAUGUCGUGUAGAAACCGAAAGGGGUGUGGAUUUUCAUUCUCCUCCUAAUAAGUUAGCCCGCUUCUAUCUUAGAUUGCAUCAUCACUUACCAUCAGGUGGUAUAUAAAACUAAUUGUGUGUCUGCAGUGAUAACGUUCUUACAUACAUUGUCUUAAAAGCCUGUGGACCCCAGACCUUCGUCAUUUUAUAAAAGCUGAAAGUUUCUUAGCUCAUGCUCGUACCAUAACUAAAUAUGGGAGCCAACUAUGGAAUUUGGGCCGUGGUUUCCUUGGGAGGUAUAAGGUUUCAGGGAUCCAAAUCCUCAACUGUUUUUUCAUUAUUCUUUACAAGUUAGCUCUUGACUACAGUCUCACCUGAUGGUAAGUGAUGAUGUAAUCUAAGAUGGUAGCGGGCUAAGUUGUUAGGAGUAGGGGGACAAUUUCACACCCCUUUCGGUUACUGCGCGAGGUCGAGGCACUAAAAUGACGAAGGUCUUGCUGUCGCUGGCUCUUGGUCUAACACACAAAUGUGUUUAUUCUAUCAUCUCACCUCUACAAAGCCAAACGAACUUUUUAGUAUAGAUUGACUAUACGGGCCUUUUCAUUGAGUCCGAGUAAAUUGUUAUUGUUAUUGUUUGCAUUUUAAUCUAUUUUGCUAACAUAAAUUAUAUAUAAAUACCAAAAAAAUAUUUAUAAGGACUUGUCGAAAAAGCCCACCACUACUAAAAAAAUCUAUUUUGCAAAUAAUGUUAAUGUGUAUAGAAGAAAUAAAUCAUCCAUAUCAUUAUUAUAUAACAGCUGCAUUGUU